AUGUCAAGCACCGCUGCCCACCUGACAGCUGUCCAAGACUUCCUCCCAGACCACCCCACCAUUAAAUACAUUUCACCCUCCUCCGCCGAAUUCAGCGCCGCGCGAGAAGUAUGGAACGGCUCGCGCCGCGAUAUCCCGCUUGCCAUUGUCCAACCGCAAUCGCCAGCUGACGUCACAGCUGUGAUCAAAUUCGCAAAGUCCAGCGGUAUCCCCUUCACACUACGUUCCGGCGGCCAUAACCUGGAAGGUCUUGCUCUGGUGCAAGAUGCAUUGCUCAUAGACCUACGAGCUUUGAACUCCGUCACUGUGGCCGAGGACCGCAAAUCGGCGACUGUCGGCGGUGGUAUCUUGCAAGGCGAGUUGGUCAAUGCGCUCUGGGAUCAGGGACUGGCGACAUCGACUGGAACCAUUCCAACAGUGGGCUACAUCGGUUGGGCCUCGUAUGGCGGCUAUGGGCCUUUUUCAUCGCAUUGGGGUCUGGGUGUGGACCAGAUUAUUGGCGCAACACUUGUUAACCCCUAUGGAGAGAUUAUCAAAGCUGACAGUGCUCUUCUGGAGGGUAUUCGCGGCGCAGGCGGUCUUUUCGGUGUGAUCCUUGACCUCACCAUCAAGGUUUACCCUCUUACCGGCAUCCUCGCGGGCCCCAUCAUCUUUGACUCAAGCGAUAUCGUCAAAUCCUAUACCGAUUUCAAUUCAGCUUACAACAAUCUCUUGGACACAGAAGGCCUACCCCCACAACUCACCAUCCAACGCGUCACCUUCCAAUCUCCUCGCGGCCUCGCCUUCGCCGCCCUCUUCUGCUGGAGCGGCACAGACCUCGAGGAAGGAAAACAAUGGAGCGAAAAGAUCGCCGCCCUAGGCCCAGCAAAGAUGAACAUGGUCAAACCCACCACAAUCCCAGAAUGGAUUGGUGGCGCAGGUGCACACGUUCCUAGUAAAGUUUACGGAUGCAGCUGGACAAAGAAUCUUUCCAACAUCACACCAGCAGUCGCUGAGACCAUCGCGCGUCACCUUAGUAUUCUACCCAAUGAUCCGGGUGCCAUGUUUUCCCUCCACCAGCUGCGUGGCCCGUCUGCAGCACAACAGGAACAUGGUUCUGUCUUCGGGCCGAGGGAACCGCAUUACAUGCUUGAGAUUCUUGCGUAUGCAGGCACACCUGAGAAGCAGGCUGAGUCUGAGGCUUGGGGGAAGAAGAUGGCAGAUGAGGUGGAGAAAGCUGCUGCUGGGAGUAUUUUGCCUACGUCUUAUGUGUCGAUUUACAGUUCGGCCCAUGCUGGGUCAGCGGCCAAGUGGGUUGAUACAGUUUAUGGAGAGAGAGCUGGGGCUCUGCGUGAUCUGAAGGCGAAGUUUGAUCCGGAGAAUGUGUUUAGAUUGACUGUGCCCUCGCUGGAGUAG